UUGACGGCAGAGUGUGAUUUAAGCAGGGUGAGAUGGCUUCAUCGGUGAUAUGCACAGAAACACAGAGCAGGGUGAGCACUGUGCUGAACAGAGAUGUGAAGCAGUUUGGAAAGAAGUUCAUGUUUGACAGUAAUGAAGAGACGUGUUGGAACUCCGACCAGGGUGAAUGUCAGUGGGUGUCUCUGGAGUUCCCGCAGUCUGUCCGGGUGUCUGAGUUAAAGGUCCAGUUCCAGGGAGGCUUCACAGCAAAAACAUGCCGACUAGAAGGUUGCCCAAAAGAUGGAGACAUCACAGUGAUCGGCCAGAUUUACCCAGAAGACAACAACUCCCUUCAGAGCUUUCCCAUACAGGAGGCUCCUGCAGUGGCCAAAGUAAAAAUAAUAUUUGAGAAUAGUGCCGACUUUUUCGGGAGAAUAAUUGUUUACUCCUUGGACAUCCUGGGGGAAAAGGCUUCGUGACCAUUUUUUCAACCCCUUCAUGAGACAGGAAAUGACCCCUGGGUAAAGUACAGGACACGAGAUGGUGUGGUGGCACUUGGGAAACAUGCCAUCUGCACUGCCAACUCCUCUGCGGCCUUUUUUGGAAUGGGUCGCUUUCAGGAAUCCGCCAGGCAAUCGCUCUUCGUCACUCAAAGAGAAGAAGCUUGGUGUGGAGUCUGAACCCGAGUUUUAAUUGCAGAUUAAGUGGCUCUGCUGUGACCAUAAGCGUGCUUGUAUUCAUCAGUAAACUGUAUAAAUAUUGUGCCUUUUUACUGAAGCGACAUUCCAGCAGAAUAAACGGUAUA